AUGAGCGGCUACGGGCAGUUCAACACGACUGCGGACCUGGGUUGUGAGUACACCUGCGGACAGUGCGGCGUGGACACGCGCCUGAAGUCGGGGGAGCCCAUCCAGUGCAAGGAGUGCGGAUACAGAAUCCUCUACAAGAAGCGGACAAAGCGCGUGGUGCAGUUUGAGGCGAGGUGA